UCCCUCUAUCUCUGACGCUCGCGGAGAGUCCUGAAAGCCGCGCUGACAGCUCGCAGCUCACGCGGGGUCAGGUCCACAUAUCUUUUCAGGAGAACGUGCACAGCCUCGCGCGCUGUUAUCUGCGCUAAAGAGCUGCGACGGUGGACUAUUUACCACCGUGUAGACCUCCAGCCUUCACAGAAAUACAGGAGUUAUUUUUGGCUUUCUUGCUGGAUUUUAACAUAGAGAACACUUGCUGUUGAAGGGAGCGAGGGAGACUUCAGAAAAAAUGCUGAUUCAUUGGUGCUGGUUGCAGGGCGGUCGCUAGGUCGCAGCUGUCUGUUAAGGCUAAUAUGGAACGAGAGGGUUCGUUUAAGAGGAGUCUCCAGAGCAAGCUGAGGUUGGGAAGCAGCUCGUCCUCCAGUCUGACUGACCUCUCGCAGGCAAAAACCCCAGGAGGAGGAGGAGGAGGAGGGAGUGGGGAUAAGGGAGGAACAACUGGAGGACUGGCAGAGGAGUGUAGCAAGGACAGAGGUACCCAGCACAGGAGGGCCGGGGCCAAUGCCACCUGGAACAGCAUCCACAACGCAGUGAUAUCAGUUUUCCAGAGGAAGGAUCUUGGGGAAAAUGAACUCUACACUCUGAAUGAAGGUGUCAGGCAGCUGCUGAAGACGGAGCUGGGCUCCUUUUUCACUGAGUACCUUCAGAACCAGCUGCUCACUAAAGGCAUGGUCAUACUGAGAGACAAGAUCCGCUUCUAUGAAGGUCAAAAGUUGCUGGACUCCCUGGCCGACACAUGGGACUUCUUCUUCUGUGAUGUUCUGUCCAUGCUGCAGGCCAUCUUCUAUCCUGUACAGGGAAAGGAGCCGUCAGUGCGCCAGUUGGCUCUGCUCCACUUCAGGAACAUCAUCACCCUCAACCUGAAACUGGACGAGGCUCUGUCUCGACCCCGAGCCAGAGUUCCUCCUUCUAUCAUACAGAUGCUGCUAAUGUUACAGGGAGUCCAUGAAUCCAAAGGUGUAACAGACGACUACCUUCGUCUGGAGUCUCUCAUCCAGAAGGUGGUCUCUCCCUACCUCGGCACUCAUGGGUUAUAUUCCAGAGAUGGAUCCUCCAAUUUGCACUGCUCCUCCUGCGUAUUAGAAAAGCGUUUGCACCGCUCCUGGCCCUCCAAACCAGGCAACUCCCCCAUCGCCAAGAACCCAGUGGUACGCUCUAAGAGUUACAACGUUCCCAUGCUGACCCCUGUGGUGGAGUAUGACGUCGACUCCUUGACAGGAGGUGGCACAGGCAUCAGGCGACACUCCGUCUCUGAGAUAACUUCCUGCUUGGAGGAGAGCAGCUCCAUGGCUGAAUCCACGACCACUGCCACCAACAACACCAACAACACCAACAACACCGGCAAAUCCAGCCUCGCCAACCACUCUCCUGCAUUUUCAGACACUGUGACCUCCAGCCAAGACCCCCGGCCCAAAGACGCUGACCGUCCCACGGGUCCCCACCCUCUCCAGCCACAGCGUUACACCCCCUGCAUCCUCCCAGAUCCUUCCCCAGGAGAGGACACACACUGCACAGGCUCACUGGUGUCAGACUCCCCUGCGUCCUCCAGAGUACUGGCUCAUGACACGAGCUCCGGGCCCAGUCCUUCGUCCAGUCCGGAGAUCCUGUUGGACAACGUCCUGGAGUCUUCGGACUCGGAGCCGGAGCACGACGGCAUCUUUCUGGACUUCUCACGACGCUGUUCUGGAGCGUCGACGCACAGCAUAGACAGCAACAGGCAGAGUGUGGCAUGACACACACACACACAUCUAAGGAGACACACUCUGAUGCAGGGACAUGUGCAAACAAUGCUAAGCCACGACUGACAUUCCUCACAGCCUGUGACGCCUCCUGCUGUUUUAUGGAGACUCUAGAUGAUCAGGGAUUCUUUCAAACUGAAUUAUUUUUAUAAGAUGUGGUCACCCAUCCCUAGAAAGAACUCUAACUUCAUGCUGACUGGUAAAAAUAUCAAUUAGGCCUUUUUGUGUAGUCCAGUUGGAAACAUCAGCAGUGGCCUCUCUGGGAAGCUCUAAUCACAUAAAUCACUUUCAAACUGUAGAUGAGUGGUUGUGUCACAGGCUUUGCUCUCUCAGAGGUGAUUAGCACAUCCCAGAGGCAGGCGCACAUGCUGAAAAAUGAAAAUGUUUUACCAUAGUCAAAUGUCUCUUCAAGACCAGGGCUAUUAAAUAGCUUUGGCUGUCAAAUUCAAACUGUUAACAUUUCAAAUGUAAAAGAAACUCCAGUUUGACCAGUGAAGCUUCUUUAUUGAUGGUUGAACUUCAACUUAUUUUAUUAAUUGAUGAUUAAAAUAUUCAUUUGAAUUUUG